CUUUUCUGAAUUCACAAGCCCGCUUUGAUUUUAUCUGGUCUCUGCAAAACUGGUUGCUGACGCAAUUCGGCAGUCCGCUGAUAUGGCCACGUCGAUGUUUACCGUCGCCGUCGCGUUACUGCUGGCAGCAGUGCUAGAGGCCUCAGGAAAGCCAGGUACAGGGAAUGUCACCCUGGGCCGAUGGAGGCAUAAACGAGAUGUACCUUGCAUACCACAGAAUUCCACUACCGAUGUAAUCUCCUGUGAGCCUACAGACGGUGAUCACCCAGAACCGGCCGCCACAACUUACCUUCCGCCGGGAAUCAUUUGUGCAGUUGUCGUGGCCGGUUUAAUACUGAUCGCAGGGAUUUGUUGGGCAAUGCCGCAGCCUCGCCGGUGUAUUCGUCGUCACUGGUACGCAAGACUAGGUAAGGUCUAG